GGAUGAAGCCGACAAGUCCUAAAAAUGUGUGAAAAGGGGGCCAAGAGGUAGGCAAGCGCCGCGUUGAGGCAGCGCUCCAGCCGGCCCCCCCUCCAAGUUCUCAGUGCUGCAGCCGCGGCGCGAGCGGGGGCUGGGGCCGGGCUGCGGGCCGUGGCGGUAGCGGCGGUGGUGACUAAGGCUGCGGGGAGGCCGCGGCGCCAUGGGGGGGCCGUAGGAGCGCACCGCGGGGCCGGAAGGGGCAGCGCAGCGGCACCAGCGGCUGCGGGGUUAUCUCUACGGCAGCAGAGACAGCGACCGCGGCGUUGCCGGGGGCCGGGCCGGCGGGGCGGGGCGGGGCGUACUCCCGGGCCGCGGGCGGCGCGAGCCGUAGCAGUUGGCCUCAGGGCCCUGCCGCCCGCGCGCUCGCCUACCCGCCCGCCAGCGCACGCGGAGGAGGCGGCGGCGGCGGCCGCCGCGGAAGGUGGAGGGGAUCUCGGAGCAGGAGGUGAGGUGGACGUGGAAGAGCAAGAGUAGGCGGAGGAGGAGGAGGCGGUAGAGGAGGCGCGCGGCCUGAAGGAGGAGGUGGAGAAGGUGGAGAAGGUGGAGAAGGUGGAGGAGGUGGAGGAGGUGGAGGAGGUGGAGGAGGAUGGAGGAGAAGCCGAAGGAGGGCGAGGCCGAGGUCGCGGAGCCCUGGUUGUCUAAGUGGGAGCGCCAGUGCCUGGCCGAGGCCGAGCAGGAAGAGCAGCAGCUCCCCGAGCUGCAGGAGGAGGCGGCCGCCGAGGCGGCAGGGCUGAAGAGCGAGCAGCAGAAGCUGUGGCACCUCUUCCAGAUUUCGGCCACUGCUGUGGCUCAGCUCUACAAGGAUUCUGGGUGCCCACAGCCAGGACUCUCCGUGUGGGACCCCUUCCAGCAUGCGGCCAUGGCCGUGACCAGCCUGUACAAAGAGAGCGGGAAUGCCCACCGACGAAGUUUUGAGCUAGGCGUCCAGGUUGGCUACCAGCGUCGCAUCAGAGAUGUGUUGGAGUGGGUGAAAAAGGGCCGAAGCACUAUUCGCCGCGAAGAUCUGAUUAGCUUUCUCUGUGGCAAAGCUCCCCCCGCCCCUGCCCCGCCACGCCCUCCCAGGACGUCCCCGAAGCCGCUCACUGGGGCCGCUGGCCAGGCUGCGGCCACCGAAUCCAGCUCAUCAGUGGACGUCGACCUACAGCCUUUCCACGAGGCUAUAGCCCUACACUGCCUCAGCGGCGCGAUGGCGGGAAUCAGCAUGCGGUCUGGCGCGCCUGGCUCCCCAUCUCAAGAGAGUGGUGUCGCCAGCAGUGGCCGCCGAAGAAGUAGCUUCUUUGAGGACGACCUCAACCCAGAAGAAGUUGCCCAACACCUGGACAGUGGGGGGACCCGCAAGCGCACCUCGGCCCGUUGCGGUGAUGGCAUCACAGACUCCCCAACCUACAAGCGCAACCGAAUGGUCUAAAACUGCGUCACUGGUCACCAACCACCACAUUGCCUGAGCGCUAAGUCGACCUUCAACACGCUUGUCCGGAGGGUGCCGGAGAUCAUCUUUCUUCCUUAAGUUAAACAGAUUUCUAUCAAGUUUGCCGUAAAGAAACUUUAAAAGUAUUUCAGAAGAGGCCUCAUAUGACUCUGACUUCCUAAAAAGUAUAAUUGUAGCAGAGAACCUCAGAUGUCAUGUAGUAGUUAACAAGAUCACUUACAGCAAAAGUAUUCAUUCAGGGCUGGAGCCUUGUUAAAUUACAUUAGCACCUAGCACACUUGCUGGUGCUCAAUAAAUGUUUGUUGAAUGAAUAAA